AAUAAACAGCUGUUGUUUUAUGUUGAAAUCGUUGUCGCAGUCGCAAAAGUUAAAUUUGAACAGUUUUUAUUGAAUUUAUAUUGUUUAAUAAACAUAUUGAAAAUGUCUCUUGUUGCAUACGCUGCAAGUAGUGACGAGGAAUCAGAAAACGAAGAAGAAUCCACCGGCACACAAGUGGAAUUGCUAAAACAGCCAAGCAACAACAAUGUGACAGCCAAGUCUGGCGUCGUCGCCAGUGCUGGACACAUAAGUGACGACGACGAUGAUUAUGUACCACGAGAAGUGUCGCUGCAGGAGCUUAAGCCGCCAACGGCCAGUGGCCGGCUAACGCUUGCGCUGCCCCAGCCCAAAAAAGCAGUCCAGCCAAUGCACGAGGAAGCAGAGGAAACGGAGGAGCAGCAAGUAACGCAAGCAUUUGCCAAAUUACCAACGCCGCGGACAGCUAUCAUAGGGAAAGCUGCAGCAUAUAUCGAAGAAGUGGACGAUGAAUUUCUGCACAAAAAGGCGUCGGCAGGUAGCGAAGCGUUGGAAAAACCGCCGCCACCGCCAGCAGCUGGAAAAACGCGUGUCAAGAUCACCAUACCGUCACUAAGGGACUUCGCUGAUGUGGAUAAGGAAAAGGCGGAAAAGCAGCAGAAUAAUAGGCAGCAAGUCAAAUCCACAAAGGGUUGCGGAUUGCUUAGCAUAUUGCCGCAAGCGAAAUCCGAGCGAGAUUUCAGUAAGAAAGAAAAUGACACAAUAACGAAGCCAAGUACAACUACUGCUUCUGCUAAGCCUGCCUUUGUGCCCGACACUGUGAAGCAACGACGCGCAGCGCACAACACAGAAGGCGUCGAUGGCGUCAAGACGCCACAGCCUCCCGGAAAACAAGCACAAAAGAAACCUCCGUCCACAAUCCAGCCCAAGGCAGCACUGGUCAGCGUUAGCGACAGCGAUGAUGACGACGAGGAUGGCUCUGGUGACUUCUUCUCACUGCACAGCGAACAUAAAUUGCCUGAGGUGAGCAGCAAUGAGAUUAGUGCUCUGGUGGCCAAGCGGGCGGAGCAAAUGGUUGCAGCUGGCAACAAGUUCCUCGAGGAGCAGAAGCAACGUGAAGCUGCUGAAGCGGAGGCUGCAGAAUUACACUCGGAGGAGAUGCGAUUAGCACAACAACGCUAUCAAGAGCAGCACCUGAAUGCCGAGGCCAUGGAUGCGCUGGUGGGCAAGAAUGCCAAGCGACGGCGCAAGGAGGCCAAGGACAUGCAGGUGAUUGAGAUCAGCGGCACACAAGUGAUGCCCGAUCGUGAUGAAUGGAUGCGCACGGCGUUGGCAUCGGCGACGACUUAUCAACCCACCGGAGUGCUGACGGAUGAGGAACCUGUAGCGGGCACAAAAAGGAAACAUCAAAUCACCUAUCUGGCGCACAAAGCGAAGGCCAACGAGGCCGAACUCCAAGCGAUGUGGUCCGCAAAUCGACAAACUCGUCGUGCCACUCAAAGCAAAUAUGGCUUCUAAAUGUUUCCAUUUUAAUAUUGUUCAUGUACUAUUUUCAAUUACAAUGUAGACUUAAUAAGAAUAAAUUUAUAA